AUGGAUGAGUAUUUCACAAAACUGGUUUCAUUGAUCAAAUUCAGUGAUACAAUUCCUGGUAUUAACACAAUUCUGUCCAGUGACGAUCAGGAAGAUGUCAAUUAUUUCCUACCACGAGAAAGGCACGUUGACCUACAAAUGGUUUCGGAACAUCAGUUGAUUGCUCGAAUUCAACGUUAUUUGUUAACUUUGACGAAUGCGACCGAAAUUCGAACAUGGACUGGUGAGAUUAAUACAAUGCUAAAAGAAACGAUUCUGCCGCAAAUGAGAAACGAUUCCAUCCUGGUCGAACAAACUAUUUAUGAUGAGCUUACCAAAAUCGCACAAUUAAAAGUUGGCUUUCGACGAAAAUCAGCAAAGGUUAAUCAAUUGACAGCGCCGCAGAGAGGUGAACCCCCUAAACGUAGAACUUCACCUUUACCAAGUCGACUAGCAGGAGCUGUUCGAGAUUCAAACAAAGUGGAUAUUUCGCAGGCGACGGUCGUUGAUAUUUUUUCAAGAUUUGCCAAACAUUCGUUGACCUUAAGAGACAUUCUACCCGUUGUGAACCUACUCUUGUUCGAUACUCAACAUCGCUAUGACGUUCAACAAUAUAUCAAAGAACUAAACACUCAUCAGGAGAGAACUAAAGAGGAAUGGAAAAAUCGAAGUCAGCUAGAAUGGAUUGCUAGUGGCAAUAACACAGUGAAUGCAGCUUCAGAUAAAGUAUUUUGGAAUCCAAUAGCCUAUCUAUUAUCAGUUAGUGCAUAUCCUAGUAACAAACUGAUGAUUCUGAAUAAAAAAGUAUUCACCGGUCAAUAUGUAGCAGCUGUUAUUAUGGGUCAUAUCGAUAUUUAUCAUAAUUUGCAUGCGGACAAACAGUACCAAUCGGGUAAUCUCAAUAGUUCCCUUUUCUUUCAUUUUCAUCCCGAUACAUUUCGACAAUUAUUCCAUUUAAUCGAACAACUUGUGCACAAGAAAGAUACAUUUACAAAUGCAAAUUUAAAAUUCAUGUUAAAUAUGUGCUUAAGAUUAUUUACUAUUCAUUUGAAGUAUUUAUCGAUAUUAUCUCGAGACGACGAUUGGAUUUCGAUGACUGACAGUAAUGAAAACGAUUGGAAUGACUAUCCUACUGAUGAAGUAUGGCAAACUUGGUACGAUUUAUUGUUUUUAUUGACAACAAAUGAAUUUCAAAAUACUAUCCAUGCCCGACAAGCAAUGAAAGCAAUAGUUUAUAUUCUUGAAAAAAGAAUUCCGCUGUUUUCUGACAGAUUAUCCUAUAUGUUUCAGUGCAUCGAGGAGAACAAAUGUUCCGCUGUUACCGUUGAAUUUUCAAGUGCAUUGGCACGUGAUGCAAAUAUAAUUACUUGGAUUGAUAUUCUAUCGAACGAGAGUGUCAAGACAAAUCAAGGUUGGUUCAUCUUAGAAUCAUUUAUUGUUCAUUACCAUCAGUCAUCAGCGUCGGUACAACGAAUUGCAGAACGAUUCCAACAGUUACUCUUCGCGCAACUUAUGAAAGGGAAUGUGUCGAUUUUACCUAUAUUCAUUCGGUAUAUGACACUGAUAUUCAACCAAGAUAUAACGAAACAACAUCUAAUGAAAUCUUUUCUCAUGGGUUUAAGUUUCCUGACUGUAACUAAAGAUCAAAAUUGUUCGGUGACAUUUUUUAUUCAUAUAUUACCGAUACUAGUUGAUUUUAUUCUGAUAUAUAGUACUACAGAAGUAAUCGAUAAUGGUCAAUUUUACUACUUAGCUUGGUUGCUAGGACAAAUCAGUCAUCGACUAAUUACAGAUCAGCUUAUACAGCCACUAGAAAUCAAAUAUGCGGAGAUAUUAAAACUGCCUCUGUUUUCUUCCGGACGUGAAUCUAACACGAUGAAUGAUAUGUUGUUUCAAUCAAACAUGGCUUUCUAUAGUCACCUCAAGCCAGUCGAUUAUAUCGAGCAGACUCCGACUGACGAUCGAGAAUUUCUGCUAUCUGUGUACAACAAUAUCGAUCAGGGUGCGCAGUUACUAUCGAAAAUGCGAGCUUUCAGCAAAAAUAAACAACGUCCUGUACAGAAAUCUAUUGAGCAACAAGUUAAUGAUGCGUGUGCUCAUCUCUUUGCCGUCUAUCUCAAACAUUAUCGUCGAGUUAAUCUAGCAAAGGAAGAACUCACUCGUGAUAACACCAGCCAACCACACGAAAAACUGCUCUCUUUGUUCGAAUAUGCCAAUCGUAUUCAAACGACGUUUGCUACACUGCGUGGUCAAGGUGGUAAUUGUCAAGAACUCUAUGAACAAAUACGAAGAAGGACUCUCUUUCUUGUGUCUUUCGUUAGAGCAAGUCAUUGGAUUUCCGCUGCUGUCGAUUCUAUGCCGAAGACGAUGGGAGAUGUUCGACAACGAUCUUCAAGUAAUUCUUCUCGAUUACUCCGACAGACGUUCAAUGCUUGCACACGAUUUAAAAAGCUCAUCAAAACGAGCAAGAAACGUAUUGAUCCGAUGAGAGAUCGGGAAGAAGUUUUGCAUCACUCGAUCGUCAGCUGUGUCUAUGGAGAGCAAAAUCAAUGGAAUUCAGAAGAACUUCUUCAAUGUAUGUCGUACCAACAUGAACGAGCCAUGUUUCGAUGGGUAACAUACCGAUUUAUUUAUGAAUUUCUUUCGAAAUUUAUUAAAAUUGAAGAAAAGAAUCGAAUGAUGAGCUUUUUAGCUAUCCUUGUACCGCAUCUUAGAGGUAUGGAUAAUGAAUGGUCUUAUCUGGAAAAUAUUCCAUCAGCUAAUAGUCGGUGGAAAGAACAGAUCGGAAAAGUUUAUUACUCUAUUGUACAAUUGCUCCUGUCGCAUUUACCGGAAAGCGAUACAAAAACAGCGAUUUUGAUAUUUCAUCUGUUGAAUUUACCUUAUACUACCGAUGAUAUCGGAUAUUUACACCAGUACGAAUUUCCCCAACACUUAUUCACAUCGUUUGUUACUGCAAACAAUCAAUCUGUUGCGUUUGAAACUAAAUGUCUCGGUUAUCAAUGGUUUCGUUUGUAUGUUUUACAGCUAUGGCGACACGUCACCAAUAAGGAAAAUAUGCAUGAAUUGUCCGAGGAAAAAUGGAUCUUUGAUGAGCUGAAGAAUUUAUUUAUCAUCGAACAAAAUCUAGUAUCCAGCAUUUCAUUUCGAUAUGUCGCACUCGGCUCAGUUCAAAUCGGUACAGUACAAAAUAAUGGAAUAGUCAAGCACGAAACCAAUCAGUACUUAAUGUUACUACUGCGAUGCGUAACAAUGUAUGAACAUGUUCGGAAUCAUUGUGCUACGCUCGAAUAUUUUGAACAGCUAUUAAAUAUGUAUCGUAAUAGUACAAACCUUAUCACAAUUCUUUUAGUACUGAAAAUUAUACGUCAAAUUUUGUUCUCGUUAUCUGAAGAACAGAUCAUUACUCCAGUAAAGAACUUCCUCGAAGAGAUCUUUUCGACGAUUAGUGACAAUAUUCGAUCGAAAGAGAAAUCCUUCGAGAUCACCACUGAAUUGAUUUAUAUCUACCGAAUAAUCAUUUCCACUGCAUCCCCAUGGCAACAAAAUGCUAUCGAACAGGUCAUUAAUGUUAUCAUUUCGAGUCAUAAUUCUUUCCAUUCCAAUGAUACGAAGCAACUCAACGAUCUACUUGCAUGUCUGAGCAUUUUAGGCGGAUACAUCCAUUCGUUUGGCAUUGGCUCGAUCGUUCAGAUCUAUGUCGGAGAUCAAUUUGACCAAGAGACUCAAUUGGGUGUUGUCUUAGAGAUUCACUCGAAGAGUGCUUUACCUUACCUGGUUCAAUACUGUCGGACCAAUGAAACCAUUUGGGUUACAGUUGAUCAAUUGCGUAUUGAGCUCGACGUUCUGCCACCUCAUCUACUCGAUUUGCCGGUUGAUCGUGCAACUAUUGGGAAGGUUUUCGACGCUAUCAUUUACUUUAUCGAACUUGAUGAAUCACUUUUUGAUCCUGUUCUUAUUUUACUACUCAAACGUCGAUCUAUCUGUGCUUUAUAUCGAUCGUUGUUGACCAGUAAAAAAUUGCUGGAAAUCUUCAUGGACAAACCGUAUGCAUCAGUCAUUGCCAAACUUUCCAUGACAGCGCUGUCAAAUAUACAUCGAUUACAACCGACUGAUAUGCGUCUAUUAAACAAACGACAUCUGGAACAAUACUGUCUCAGUUUGGAUCGAUGUGAACGUAUGCAACAAAUCGUCAAUGAUGCAACACAAGCACGACAAGACGAGCUAGGACUACAUGUUUGGCAUAGUUCUCCGUUUACGAAUAACUUUACAAGGACGAAUAUUCCUUACAGUGAUCUGAAUAGCACGCAAUGGGCACCGGCAGGAUCGAAACAGUAUGUCGAAGACUUCACACGUGGUCGAAUUGGCAAUGAGGAAAUUCGUAUUGUACCAAUGGCAUCAGAGAUUGCUGGUCAAUGGUUCUUAGAAGAAUGUGGAAUCAAGCAUCGAUUUCCUGGUCGGACUUAUCUAGUUAAUGAAUAUGGCAAUAGUGCAAUGGCUACUUUUAUUGUAGACACCUUACGCUUGAGUCAGGGCAAAUGGUAUUUCUGUGUACGUCUUCUCGAAAGUCAAUUCAUACGCAUCGGAUGGGCAACAGAUGGUUUCAAUCCUAGUAAUACCAAUGGAAUUGGUCAAGAUCGAUAUUCAUGGUCUUUUAAUGGAUCUCAAUCAAUGUUAUACAAUCAAAUCGAAUCUCCAUUCAUUACAAAUAACAUUUCUUGGAAUACUCAUGAUGUUUGCGGGUGUGGAAUUGAAAUCAAUGGCAUCAAUACACGAAUCAAUUACUGGUUGAAUGGGCACUUUUUAGGGACGGCUUUUGCUCAUAAUUUUCCCAUCGGCCCGACAGAUACAAUAUGCGACAUGCUACCUAAUACGUCUGAAACGACCUACUACCCAGGUGUUACACUACAAAUGAAUGAUACCACCCUUCUAAGUUCUUGCGAAUGGAUUUUUAGUCCCGAAGAUAUGAACGAAUGCCCAUUGCCGGAGGGCUAUAAACCGUUGAUAGUACCAACUGUACAUACUGUAGUGAGGUAUCCCGUCAAUGCUUAUAUACUAAGCAUUAAUGAUCAAGAUAAUCUUUAUCAAUCACGUACUACGUCGACGAACAUGUUCCUACGUGAUUUUGUCAGCGAACGUCACCUACAAAUAGAAUAUCCUAUCAAAAGCGGUGGUCUGAUAUUAUCUAAAGAAACUAAUGGGCUUCCAUUCGAAAUUGUUCAAUCUGAUUCAUGGACAUUGAGUUUCGAUUUUAAACUUUCAUCUGAUGUUUCUCAAGAACAGAUCUGCCUCUUUUCACUUGAACCUGUAUUGUCUGUAAAGUUGCCAAUCGAAAAGGUUAAGCGGAGCACUCGCAUAGCCAUUAUAUUCUCUGCAAAGGACCAAUCAGUUACGACGUAUAUCAAUCAUGAAUGCAAGUCAUCGACAGUUUCUAUGACUGCUCCAUUCACACUUCAUAUACUGCCGGCAAUUGCUGCAACAGUUCAAAAUCUUGCCUUCUGGGACGAAGCUCUACUGGAAGAAGAUAUCCAUAAUCUCUUCGAUUCAGGUUUAGCUCAUAUCAUUGUUGAUCAUUAUCGAUUAUCGAAAUAUAAGAAAUUAGCAAAUACAUGGACGUUUAAAGCUAAACAACAAAACUUUUCCGAUGGAUCACUCGUAGCUUUGCACGAACCAUUUACGAAUGAAAAGUGGAAGCAGACGAAAGUUGAAGCAGAAAAGGAUGAAUGGAAAUAUUUCAAAACGAUCGAUGGAACUGACUGUUCUAUUUUACAGUUGUACGGAAAUACAACGUAUCUUGUCCUGGAUAAAUCAGUUCAUCCAACGGAAGGAUACACGUUAAUUGUCGACAUUAGAAUUAAUCACUUACCAGCAGAAAACGAACAGCUGACAUUGAUUACUUUGAAUACAUACACAAGCAUCUAUUUAUCACACGAAGGACGACUGUGUGCCACAUCAAGUAAGAUAGAAAGCCAUUCGUCGUUGAAACUAAAUCAAUACGUACGCCUUAUGAUAACUGCUGGAAGUUCAUCAUUGAAAUUGUAUAUUGAUGGUGAGCUGUAUUUUGACACGAAUCUCAGUAAACAAGAACUGACGAUCAAUGGCGAUCAUAUUGAUCUAUUUCACGAGCAAGAUUUAACUAAGAAUACUACACAGGAAGAUGUUCUUCGUGUCGAAUGUAAGUCGAUUACUUAUCUAGCAAAAUGUCUUUCCAAUAUACAAGAUGAUCUUAAAUCUCCAAACCAUUCAUUAGAGUAUUUGGUUGCAUUGCCUUAUUCUGCAAUCUCUCCAAGUUUACUGCUCGGUGGAUAUGAGAAAUCAUUGAUCAAAUCCGUACAUAAACAGCAUCCAACAAAGAAUAUAUACCAGAUCGAACAGAUUGUUCGUGAACAGCAGAAACUAGCGAUGAUCGCGACACGGAACGACCAACUUCGACGUCAACACGAUCUCCUAGCAAAAGUGAAUCCGUCGAUUGACACAGCUAAACUCAAAAAUCUUCUACCAUUCUCGAGCUUUGAUACCGAUGAAAAGAUUAUCACGCUAGGUGCCAUGUUAUUCGAUCACUGGAAUACUCUGAAACUAUCGCGUUCAUCAUUUUCUUCUGACAAAGACUGGUUUGACCAAACUGUGCAUCACUUAGAUAUAGGCAAGAAAUUCAAUGAAUGGUAUUCUGAUAAAACUGCAUCUAUUGUUGAAGAAAGUGAUUAUAUUCAUCGAUUAUUCGAUAUCAAUCGAAUUUCAUGCGAACCAACGCCCGUUACAUUCAGCGACCAAUGGAGAAAUACUGAUUAUAGUCAUGAAAACAUUCCUCGUUCACAAUUCAUAGCUGCACGUAUCGCAUGCGAACACGGCUUGAUUUCAAUGUAUGCCCAUUACACCAUCUUGGCUAUGUUAAAUGUGUGGUCUACAGGCGGAUCAACUUUAUUUCCAUUGGAGAAAUUCGGAGAUUUCACAUUUCUGUUAACACUAUUUCGACUGUUAGAUUAUCAUUAUCACAAUACUCGAUUACAUACUGAUGAGAGUAUUGAUCGGAUGGCUUUGUUAAUCAAAACAGUUCUCAAUGGAGAAUUCAAUGAACUACUUAAACAUGAAUCGAUUUCAGUUGAAGCACUGCUGAACAAAGCUCCAUUUCUUUACCAACUACAAAAGAGCAUCGUUGUGCAAAUGCUUCAAUUGAUUGCUAACCCAUCGCUAUUGAUUGGCGACACUCAGUCGAUGAAGAUGAUCCAAAAACCUGAUAUACAAUUUAUUCUCAAACUAUUCACUCUGUUCCUCUCAUCGGUCGUCGAGCCAACUACGAGAAAACAGACUGAUAUUGAGUUUUUACUUCCCCUCGUCUUUCCAGAGAUUUGUAUCGAACACUUAUUCGAUUUAUUUCUUCUCUGUUCAACACAUCGAACAAAAAUUGCGAUUGUUCGUCUUUUUUCUACGUUGAUUCAUAGAAGUACCAAACUGCACUUUAGCAAACGUAUUCGACACUUCUUCUGUCAUCUAUGUCCUCAAUUAUUACCUGAUUCGACUUCCAUAGCAAGUUACUCAAUGAAAACAUUUCAAACAGCAGCUUUGGAUUUCGUUUAUCUGUUAUACGAAAAAUACAAGAAAGAGUCUUUAAAUUCAGACUUGUCUCGAGUCUUUCAAUCUUUACACGAUCUGAUCACCUUUGUUAAUACCCUUAACGCAUUAACUGAUCGAACGAAACAGAUUUCAUUUCCAGAAUUGUUCAUCCUUCAAUCGACAGUUGCUCUUGAUGGUAGUAUUCAAUUCACUCGGGAAGAACUAGAGAAAUCUCACCAUUAUUUUGACACAAUAGCCGAUCAUCAAUUAAUAGAUUUUCUCAAUCAGCAUCUAUUAACAGGUGUAUCAUUCGCAGCACUCAUCGCUGAUCUACCAUCAGAGAACACAUCGAGUGCAAAGCAUUAUCAAAAUUUUCCAUCGUUAUGGCACAUACCGACUCAUUGUAUUCAAACGCGCGUUAGAUUCUUCUGGUUGUUUAACUUAUUCGUUGAAAAGCUCGUUUCCAUUGUGGACCUGAGUAUACCAUUCGGACAAAGUUUUCUUACGGACAAAAUCCGCUCGUCUCGAGACUAUAUUCUACACAAGACCAAAUCUCAACUAUUAGAAACAUCUUUAGCUGUCACGGCAGCAUCCUCAGAUGACAGUAUGCCCUCAGUGAAUUUCAAUACUAUCCCAGCAAAUGCGGUGACCGCCGCCAAAACGAUGUUUCAGCAAGCAUAUGAGCAACUACAUUCGAACGGUCAUAUUCUUUUUCGACGACCGAAUGAACGUCUUUGGCGAGCACAGUAUAUUGGUAUGCAUAGUACAGAUCAAGGUGGUCCCUAUCGAGAUUCGAUUACAUGUAUUUGUGCAGACAUCUGUAGCAAUCGAGUAGCAUUAUUUAUUUUGUGUCCCAAUGGACGCAUGAACGAUGGUUUAAAUCGUGACCGUUGGAUUCCAUACGUUUAUCCUCCGAAUGAACCGAUUCCAAAUAUAAUUAAGAAACAGUAUCGAUUCGUUGGUCAAAUGAUGGGCAUGGCGAUACGAAAACAAUUCUAUUUGGAUUUGAAAUUUGCUGGUUUAGUAUGGAAACAGUUGGUAAGAGAUGAAGUAAUCCUGGAAGAUAUCACGGCAAUCGACAUACAGAGCUUCACUCUCGUCAAUGAAAUGGAAAAUAAUCUUUGCUCGAUGGAUGAAUCUAUGAAUACGGAAUACGAUGAGAUGUUGACCAGUAUUUUGGAUGAUCUGAAAUUCGAAGCGAUGAGUGCCGAUGGUCAAACAUACGAACUAAUACCUGGUGGACGUAAUAUAUCAGUUACUGCGGAAAAUCUACGAGAAUAUUGUUCGAACUAUCGUCAAUAUCGUUUGCAAGAAUUUUCUCGACAAAUCGAAUACAUUCGACAAGGAUUAUACAGUGUUGUGCCUGGUUAUUACUUGAGUUUAUAUACUGCUCGUGAAUUAGAAGAAGCUGUUUGCGGGAAAGGUGAAAUUGACGUCGAAUUGUUAAAACGAAACACGAACUACGGCGGUGAUUAUGAAGAAAAUUCGCCGUGCAUACAACGCUUUUGGACAGUACUCAAAACGAAAUUCACCGAAGAACAAAAGAAGUUAUUUUUGAAAUUUGUUUGGGGCCGAUCUUCAUUACCUAAUCAAGAUAGUGGUUUUACAUCAAAGUUUGUCAUCGAUGUUCUAAGAGUUACUGACGGUUCCGUCAAUGGAGCACUUCCAAGAGCACAUACAUGCAGCUUUACAUUGGAUCUACCUGAGUAUUCGUCGGUAGACGUAAUGUAUGAUCGGUUGAAUUAUGCUAUUACAAACUGUUCCUCUAUCGAUGGGGAUGGGUCCAUGAACUAG